AUGGCGGGUUUUGAUGUGGGCGGUGUCUACUACUCAGAUAGUCUUCUUGGGCAAACAGCCGAUCAAGAUAACUUUUCAAAUCUCCAACAGGCGAAGACCAAAUUUAAGGAGUUCUUGCGUCAGUACAAUGUCGGAGGUCUCAGCUUUACAUACAGAGACCAUUUGAAGAAAAAUUACAGCAUGAAGCUUUACAAUCUGCCUCUAAACUUGCGCGAUCUGGCUAAUUUUGAUGGAUAUCUUGCCCAGGAGCUUGUUCAGUGUCCUGCAGAUUACAUCGCAUCGGCCACGCGUCUGACACUCCAAUGCAGAGGUUGUCGUCAGUAUUUGCCGAAUUUACGCGUUCGCCCCGGCUUCGAAGGCUAUAUGUUACCACGAAAAUGCCCUACAUCACAGACUGGUGGCACUGCUGUCUCGUGCCCCAUUGACCCAUAUUUCAUUGUUCCAGACAAAUGCAAGUGCGUUGAUUACCAAGUCCUUAAGCUCCAAGAAUCACCCGAGUCCGUCCCCCAUGGUGAAAUGCCUCGUCAUAUGCAGUUGUAUUGCGACAGGUAUCUGGUCGAAAAAGUGAGUCCGGGAAACCGGAUUACCGUUGUGGGAAUAUUUUCUAUUCAUGCCUUCGUUCCAACAAAACCCAAAGCCGGAGGAUCUGAACGCGUUAAUGUAGGCGUUAGGUCCGCCUACGUACGAGUGCUAGGACUGACCUUGAACAACGAUGGUCCUGGUAGGAGUGGUCUUUUAUCAGAGAGCAGCGCCGCUCGAGCGGGUGCCUCCGGUGGUGGUCAGAAUGAGUGCGAGGAGGUGGAGGAAAUACGUAAACUCGCGAAUACUCCCAACAUCUACGACAUUAUUGCACGCAGUAUCGCCCCGUCAAUCUACGGUAGUUCGGAUAUCAAGAAGGCCAUAGCAUGCUUACUUUUUGGAGGUUCGCGAAAACGACUUCCAGACGGACUCUGUCGUCGUGGAGACAUCAAUAUACUUCUCCUGGGUGAUCCGGGCACGGCAAAGUCACAAUUGCUGAAGUUUGUAGAACGCUGUUCUCCAGUUGGAGUUUAUACAUCUGGCAAAGGAAGCUCGGCCGCAGGCCUUACCGCAUCCAUUAUCCGCGAUCCCGUCACUGUAAGUAUUCUUUCUGCUACAUCAUGA